GAAGAGCCCGACUAAGGCUUCCAGCAGCGAUUGCGUCUUAAAGCCUGCGCGCGCACAUUCACACCCCGCCUCCAGGCAGCCUGCCCCAGCCCGGCUUGCUCAAUGGAACUACACUUCCCAAUCCACCCCGCGCGGCCAUCGCGAGUCCCGAGCACCGAGCGGGCUUGCUACAGCUGCAUUCUACUUUCUCAGAUCCGGUCCUGGACCGGGCCCCGGCACUGAAUCAGCUCCACCAUGGAGGAGGCAGACCGGAUCCUCAUCCACUCCUUGCGCCAGGCUGGAACGGCAAUCCCUCCAGAUGUGCAGUCCUUACGAGCCUUCACCACUGAGCUAGUUGUAGAGGCAGUGGUCCGAUGCCUGCGUGUGAUCAACCCUGCUGUGGGCUCUAGCCUCAGUCCCCUGCUUCCUCCAGCCAUGUCAGCCCGGUUCCGCCUGGCCAUGAGCCUAGCUCAGGCCUGCAUGGAUCUGGGCUAUCCCUUGGAACUUGGCUACCAGAACUUCCUGUACCCCAGUGAGCCUGAUCUUCGGGAUCUGCUACUCUUCUUGGCUGAGCGCUUGCCCUCUGAUGCGUCUGAGGAUGCAGACCAGCCUGCAGGUGACUCAGCUAUUCUCCUUCGGGCCAUUGGAAGUCAAAUCCGGGACCAGCUGGUUCUUCCCUGGGUUCCACCUCUCCUUCGCACCCCCAAGCUGCAGCACCUACAGGGCUCUGGCCUCCAGCAGCCUUUCCAGUCCAGCAGGCUGGUCCUGCCUGAGUUGAAUUCCAGAGAAGAGUCUAAGGAGUUCCAGUCAAGUCUCAUGCUGCUACCAGCUCCCACUCAGGUGCCCCAGCCAUCUGGGAGGGCAGCCUCCCUCCUUGAGUGCCAUGCUCUUCAGCUCUGCCAGCAGAUGGGGCGAGAUCAUGCAGGAGAUGAGGAUUGGGUACGCCGGGCAUCACGCCUCCCACCCCAGGAGGAUCCCCGGGCUCCUCGACAGCGGCUACAGAAACAGUUAAUAGAGCAUCUGCGCCAAAGCUGGGGUCCACUUGGAGUCGCCCCACAAACUCGAGAUCUGGGAGAGCUGCUGCAGACCUGGGGUGCUGGGGCCAGGACAAGUGUCCCCAAGGGCUCUCGCUUCACACAUUCAGAGAAGUUCACCUUCCACCUGGAGCCCCAGGCCCAGGCAGCCCAGGUGGCAGACAUUCCAGCCUCUUCUCGGCAGCCUGAACAGGACCUGAAGGCAGCUCAAGAACAGGAGCUAGAGUCUCUUCGGGAACAUCUGGAGGGUGUGAAGCAGAACAUUGAAGAAAUUGAAGCCAAUAUGAAGACUUUGGGAAUCAGCCUUGUGCAGGUAGAGACUGAAUGUCGGCAGAGCGAGCUCAGCAUGGCGGAGCGGGAGCAGGCACUGCGCCUGAAGAGCCGGGCAGUGGAACUGCUGCCUGAUGGGGCUGCCAACCUCACCAAGCUGCAGCUCGUGGUGGAGAGCAGUGCCCAGCGGGUCAUCCACCUGGCAGGUCAGUGGGAAAAGCAUCGGGUCCCACUUCUUGCUGAGUACCGCCACCUCCGAAAGCUUCGGGAUUGCAGGGAGCUAGAAUCUUCUCGACGACUGGCGGAAAUCCAGGAGCUACACCAGAGUGUUCGGGCAGCUGUGGAAGAGGCCCGUAGGAAGGAGGAGGUCUAUAAGCAGUUGGUGUCAGAGUUGGAGACUCUGCCAAGAGAUGUGUCCCGGCUGGCCUACACACAACGCAUCCUGGAGAUUGUGGGCAAUAUCCGGAAGCAGAAGGAAGAGAUCACUAAGAUCUUGUCUGACACGAAGGAGCUUCAGAAGGAAAUUAACUCCCUCUCUGGGAAGCUGGACCGGACAUUUGCAGUGACUGAUGAGCUUGUGUUCAAGGAUGCCAAGAAAGAUGAUGCAGUUCGGAAGGCCUACAAAUAUCUAGCUGCUCUGCAUGAGAACUGCAGCCAGCUCAUCCAGACAAUUGAAGAUACAGGCACGAUUAUGCGGGAGGUUCGAGACCUUGAGGAGCAGAUCGAGACAGAAAUGGGCAAGAAGACUCUCAGCAACCUGGAGAAGAUCUGUGAGGACUACCGAGCCCUUCGCCAGGAGAAUGCUAGCCUCCUGGGCCGAGUCCGGGAGGCCUGAGGAUUCCUGAUGGAGGUUUCCCACAGCCACAGGCAGAGAUUUGGGGUGUUGGAGGCAGUGACUAAGCACUUGCCCUAGCUCUUCCCUCUGUUUAUCAUUCAGUUUCUCCUUCUGGGAACCAGAUGUCUACCCACUUGGCCCCAACCCUGAUUGGACCGAUUAUCCAGAUUGUUAGGGG